AAAGGUCACCUUUUGUGCUCAUAUUAAAUAUGUAUUUGUUAUUUCAUUCCUAAAUGUCCUACAUGUCAUGCUUUAAUACUUUUAAUUUUCAUGAAAACUACUUGAACCUCGUAAUCCAUCCUUCAUGAUAGCAUGGAAAUGAUACUUGUGAAAUAUUUUAGGAUAAAUUUGUUUGUGACAACAUGAAUGAUCAAAAAGAACAUGUCUUACAACAUAUGAGAAGGUUAUGGAAUAACUGGAGAGGAUCACUGCACAAUAAUAUGAAGUCUAAGCCAUUCCGCGAUGCUCUAAAAGAUGUGCCAAGGGAGAUAAACGAGAGUGAUUGGGAAUGGCUGGUUAAGGAGCAUUUCUUAAGUGACAAGUUUAAGGAAACAAGUACAAGAAACUCCGUCAAUAGGUCUAAGUUGAGAAUGCCUCAUCGUACGGGUAGUAAGCCUAUUAGACAGAUAACAUAUGAAUUGGGAGGUAAAGAUGGUAAACCACCAAGCAUGAAUACUAUGUUCUUCUAGACUCGUAAGAAGGAUAACAAGCUUGUCGAACCUGAAACAAUUGCAAAAUAUG